AUGGGGAAAAGUUUGUUGGAAGGUUGUAUCCGGGCACUUGUCCAUCAUCCGGAAGUGGUUGAUUACAGUCAGAGACUCGGAUUGCUGGAACAUAUAAGACAGGUGGGCCAAUCUUAUUUAGACAGAUGCCCGCAAUAACUCUACUUUUAAUGCCCUCUUACAGGUUCUCCAUUAUGAUGAAGAAUCUUUUGAAUUGCUCGUCAAACAAGAAGAAACUUCGGUAAUUAAAAUAUAGAUUAUACUAUCUUAUCCAUUCAGAUUGAAUAUCUUCUUGACAUAGAAAUUCAGACUUGUGGAGGAGCAGAUCAAAUUGAGUUUAUGUUACAAUUGGACAGGUAUAAAUAACUUUUAAUAUAAAUUUCCAUGAACAGAUGUGAUGAAGGAAGUUGUGCCACAUCGAACAUGAUUCUGAAAUCAAACAAACAGAUAUCAAUGUAAGAAUAUAUUACAGUUCUUGGUAUUUUAUAGAACACUACGCCAUGGUCAAAAGUCGGUGCUCAAGGUGAUCAGGGUGCCAUCAGAUAUGAAGUGCAAAUUUAAGAUAAACAAGAGUCAUUCCAUGUUCAAAAAAUGGUUCGAGAAAAAUAAUGUAGUGCUGGUUGUAAAGACAAAACAUUUGGACGUUGACAAAGAAACCAGAUUUAAGAUCAAUGGGAUCAACGACGCCAUUCUCAAGUGUAAACUCAAGGUAAUUCAUUCAGCUCAACACUUAUUUGAACUCUCAGAGAGACUACGAGAACGGGGAGAGACUGGAAUUAGCAGAUUUGAGCUGUGUCCUCUCCAUGUUAUCCAAGAGUCUCAAAUCCGAGAUCCUUUUCGAGACCACUGUAGCCGUGCUUAAGAUCGUCUGCGACUUUUAUAAGAUCGAAUGGAGUACUUGCGAGUUAUUGUAAGAUCGCUCUCAGUUAUUGGUAGUUUAGGUUGGUGGAUCGUCUUUUACAUUUAGAAUUGGACGACAAGGAAACGAAUGAUUACAAUUAUAAAAUGAAUCAUGUGGAGGAUUAUAAGGAAGGAAGGCCCAAAUUGAUGGAUGACGUUGCCAAGAAUCUGGUUAAGAGAGUCGACAAUUACUUGAGCACUUUGGGGGAUUCGGCUUUCUUUUCUUUGGAUUUCAAUUUUUCUGACAUUUCGCGUAUCUUAAGGUUCUUCAAGUAAGCUUUCCUGGUCAUAGUCAUACAUAAUAGGAAUAAUUGGGCCCGUUUUUGUCCCCACUUUUUAUUUUUGUGUUCCCAGGAUGAUUUAACUAGGGUUCCAACGUGGUAUAUACCCAAAUACCCCAUUCCAAAUCUGACUGAAGCUCGGGUCGCGACAGUUCGGGUCAACGAUACCGUUUAAUGUUUUCGCUUCGGGACUAGGAAAAAAGAAUUUUUUGGAAAAUCGAUCUGAAUGUUACAAUACAAGGAUGGUGACAUACAAAUCAAAUCGGGUUUCGUGGCCAGAAACCGCCAUUUCUUGUCUGUUAGGCUUCUAGACAAGAAAUGCGUAAUUCUUGCCUCAAAUUGCGUUACAUUGCGCAAAUUUCUGCUCCCUCCCUGUGGAGAUUUUCUCCUUUUUUUCUCUGUUCAGACAAGAAUUGGACGUUGACAAUUUUUUUCCGCCAACGACCACCACAAAUUACAGGCCUAUCGUCAAAGUCCUAAAUUAUUUGAACCAUCCAAACGUGAUCGAGGUUUUAUCCAAGAAGCUCAAGGCCAAAGUAGAAGUGGCGGUAUCCAAGGUUGUCAGUUCUCUAGAGGUCUCCAAUGUCGCGGAACUCAGCGAGAUCGUGGAUAAACUCCAUAUGGACAUGAAGAAGUGCAAUGUUAUUUAUUCCAAGCUCUUCCGAUCAUUCGAUUUAUGCUAUCUACAAAUAGUUUCAGAGAAUGUUGAGGAAAAGGUUAAAAAAACAUUUUUAAUAAAAACUGUUUAAAUUUAGGUAUUUCAACUCACAGACAGACAACUUUCCAAGGCAUUGAGGGCUCUAGAUUCACGAAACGGGCAACAACUAAAGGAAUUUACAGAAGGAACCAUGCAGUUAUUUGAUUCCCUGAGGCAGCUCUCCAAUUUUAUGAAACAAGAGACGUAAGAAAGGUGACCAAGUAUGAAGGUUUGCAGAGGAAUACUUAAUUUGGGUGGAUUCGAGAAGUAUUUCUACAACGCUUGUGUAUUCUGGACCCAUGGAUGGAGGGGAAUUCACAUUGGUUUCAUCAAAAAGGUAACCAAUCUGGCUUUUUAGAAGACCGGGCAGAGUUGGGAGGGAACGGUACCGUUUAUAUCUUGCUUUAUAAAACAAUUUCAGUGCGUGGAAGACUCUAGAGACCUCGAAGAUCAGCUUCCCGAAAAUCCAUUCCAAAUAAAUGAUUACAAGAAACAUAAUGUAGAUAUCCAUGAGAGUGCCAUCUUAUGUUUAGCAUUCUGCAAAGCGUUUUGUGAUGAUGUGGUUUGUUUGGAUAUCCAGGACGAUGGGAUGGCGCUGUUGUGUUACAUACAGGCUAUUUCCGUAUGCUUUACGAUUUAAAUAUACCGGAAAAUGAAGUCUGGGAAUUGAAUGUAGGCGAUUAUGACAAAAAGUCGAAACAAGUCUGUUUCAACAGAAAGUGGCUAGCCAAACACCAACUCAAAAAAAUGGUGUGGUAAAAUUCUACCGCCACCGCCUAUUCAAGUUCGGGCGAAUUGUCUUUAGGGACACUUCGAAAUGAUAGACACGCCUAUGCAAAGUGUCUGGGUUCACUUGACGCUAAAAAACAUUUUUCGUCGUUGCACUAUAACUGCACUUUGCACAAAAGAUUUUCCAAGUUUUGGGUGUUUCAAAAUGAUAGACACGGCGGCUAUUUUUUGCUAAAAGUAUAAUAUGGACCUCACAGUGCCUGAAAAUGUUAAUUAUACAGGGUGGGGCAUCUUUGUGGCCCGAUUUGAAUUGGCUAUAACUUCUUUAGUUUUUGGCCAAAUCUUAAAAUUCUUUUUUUCCCUGAAUCCUCUGACAACCCCAUUUUCUUUAAUACCAAAUAUGUUAUACAUAGUAAGUGCAUAUCUACAGUUAUUGGAUUUACUCUCGGAGUUCAUUUUUUCGGUCGUUUUUCGGUUGUUUUUUCGAUUGUCUUGCGAUUUGGAAGUUGGGAAUUACGUACGUAUUUCAUGCGGUAUUCCCUUUGAACAUGUAUCGCCGAACCGUAAUUUCCGUACCAAACCACAGACCAAGCUCUUUCUUCCACACCGUACUCCAUUUUCGGACACACCGGGAAAGACCGAAAAAACAACCGAAAAACGACCGAAAAAAUGAACUCCAAGAAUAAAUCCAAUAACUGUAGAUAUACAAUCACUAUGCACGGCAUUCUGUACUUUUGGGACACAACCGAUCUCAUAGCUAUGUUGUAAAAUUUUUGAAAAAAAAUGAUAAAACAAAUUCGUUUUAAAAGUUCCUGUCUCUUUAAUUUUGACUUAUUUAGGCUCCGGAACCCGAAAACCACAGUAUUUGCCGUGACCCCGAAAGGGCCCACCCCGGAAGGGCGACCCCCAAAAGGGCGACUUCAUUCUACCAAAAUUUACUUUUUUAAAUUUUUUGAACGAAUUCAGCGACUUUUUUUUAACUUGGAAUCCAAAAAUUUUGUAUUAAGUACGAGAAACUCAUUUGAAAAUCAUUGUAAAAAUUUUCUAAGUUUCACCGAUUUCUGGCUCCAAAAUUUGGAACGAAAAUGUCAAAGGUCAGUACGACCGCCUCCGUGAACUUGCGUCCGUCGUAUUUGGUGGAGAAAAAAAAUAAUUGACAGGACAUUGCACAAAUUGCGCAACCAUCUUUUUUUAUAUUUUUGUACACUGUGCAAUUGUUCAGUGCGAAAAAGCCUUGCAAAAAAUAUCUACGCACUUUUGAAAAAGCAUGGUAGCGUACCAAAUGAUGUUAAAAAGUGUAAAUUGUAAUUCUAAAUUCUACAUCUAACGAAACGAAUAAAAUCUUUUGCAGAUCUUGGCGGACAGCGUUGUUAUCUACAGUACGAAGAUUCACCAACAGACCCUCAACUGUCGUCUUACUUACUUCGAGGUAGGUCCUAUUCCAAUCUAAUCUAAGAUUAAUAGCUAGCCGAAGCGGCCAAUGGGAUUGAACAUGCUUGUGAUCAUCUCAUCUCCAAUUUUGAACGAUUCCUUAAUCUCAAAAAUUUAAUCACUAGAUUAAAUCCGGAAGAAAAGGAUCAGAUAAUUGGAAGUGUUCAGAAGUUGUUGAGAGUAACUGAACGGCGAUGCAAAGACCUCUCCAGCGAUCUCAUAAAGAAUAUAUGUGUUUACAAGUACGAUGCUCUGAGGAAACAGUGUGAACAGAUUGCCUCACCUCAAAGGAAAAUUGUAAGUCUAUCCCGAGAAAUUAAACGUUCCAGAUGAGGAACGGAGAUCAAGUGGAUUCCUUGUUAAAUACUGUGGAAAGACUCCGCAAUUGCCUUAAGGGAACGCUCUUGCCCAGGUUAUAUUACGUAGCCGUUGAUUUAUUGUGGAAAGAGAUUAUCCAUACAUUUGAGAACUAUUUGAUAGAUGGCCAAAACAAUGGAUAUUAUGACAUAAUAUACGUAAGAUAACGUCAAUGGUGAUGAUCGAUUCAGAGAUCCUGCGAGGCCGUGGCCGACCUUUUGAGCGUCGAUUGGAAACGAGAAAAGACCGACUUCCUGCGGUCGACCUUAUUCAUGAACAGAACCCCCACCGUCGACCUGAUUCUCCAGUAUUGUGCCAAUCUGGGUGACAUUACUCUUAACACCUUGAUCAAGGAGAACACUCCUUAUGCAACAUUGAAGAUGGGAUAUGUGCAAACAACCAACAGAUACAUCUUGUUAAGCCUGGAGAUCGUCUCGGCCUCAAAUCUACCAGUUCUCGACACUCUUUCCAAGUCUUCAGAUCCAUAUUUAAGAGUCGAAUUAUAUCCACGAUGCCUUUUUAACCUCCAAGACCAUCCCCCUUGCACUACCGCUACCAGAUACAAGACUCUGAACCCCGUAUGGACCGAGUCUUGCCAAUUGUAAGUUUAUAAAUUUAUAAAAAAUUUCUCAGUCUACUACGAGAAGAUCUCUUCUUUUUGCACGGCGCUUCGUUGUGUAUAUCCAUAUUGGAUCAAGAUGUGUUCAGUCAUAAUGAUUUGGGAGGUCAAGCAUUCUAUCCAUUAGCCGCGAUUCCUCGAUUACAAACUUCGGAGAACUUGAAAAUUUUCCGAAUACCUUUGAUCCUCCCAGUCAAAAAACAAUAUAACCAUCAAUUCCAAGUAAGAUUCUGUAAAGAUACCGAGUGGGCCGCCUUAAACUCCCUUCAUGUCAACAUCUCCAUCAAUACCGAACGAAUCCUACCAAAAUUUUAA